UGGUUUCUCGAGGCUGGGCAGAAGGAGUUCCCGUCAGUUGCAAAACUGGCACGCGUCUGGCUGGGACGGGGCUGCUCAACUGCGUUCCAAGAACGCGUGUUCUCUACAGGCUCCUUUGUGAUGAGUCCACUAAGAACGCGGAGUGCCAACGAGCGAGCACAAAGGCAGCUGAUACUGCGCCACAAUCGUCUCGAGCUCGCGCGCGUGGAG